AUGGAGGCAACUCAUCAACAACUCACACAAUCUUCCAAUAUUGCAAAUGGAUUAGCCAUGUCGUCUAUUGAAAAAAGCAAACGAUGGCUCUAUGAAUCAUCAAAGAUCGGGUCCAUUCAAAGCUUAGAAACACUAAUUCAAAGCAACCCGAAUAUUAUUCAAAGAGUUCUAAUCUCUUCUUACAACAUCGAGACUCCAUUGCACGUCUCGGUUUUGCAUUGCCACCUUGAAUUCACUCAAUUUCUUUUAAAUCUCAUGCCUGAACUUGCUGGAGAAGUUGAUGCCCUGCAAAGGACACCUCUCCACUUAGCUUCUGAAAAUGGAACUGUUGAGAUUGUUCAAGCUUUGCUGGAGAAAAACACAAGCACUUGCAUGGUUCGUGAUUUGAAUGGGUUGAUUCCUCUCCAUCAUGCAGUGAUUAAUGGAAGAAUUGAUAUCAUACAACGGUUGAUCAAUGCGAGGCCACAAUCUCUUUGGAUGAAGCAUCACAAUGGUGAAACUGUUCUUCAUUUAUGCGUAAAACACAACCAUUUGGAAGCUCUUAAGUUGUUGAUCAUAAUGAUUGAAGAUCCACAAACUCAUGGGUUUCUGAACGAACGCGAUGUGAAUGAAAAUACCAUUUUGGAUUUUUCUAUGAUGUUAAGACAUAUUGAGAUAGUAAGAUAUUUGUUGUCUAUCCCGGGAAUAAAAACGGGAAAUAAUACUUUGAACAAUGAAGAACAAUGCAAUGACAUAAGAAGUUUGUGGAGGAAGAACUUUGAAUACCAAGGCGAUUGGCUUCAAGAAGUACAAGGUACAAUGAUGUUGGUAGCAACGGUGAUCGCAACGGUAGCUUUUCAAGGUGCAAUCAACCCUCCUGGCGGUGUUUGGCAACAAGACAUUCCUUUCAACUCUAAUAUCACUAUUCAUCGUUCAUUCCAUAGUAGCAAUACUUUUAAAACAUUCAUAGCGGGAACUGCAGUCGAUUGCCUUUGA